CCCGGCUCGGCGCUGCCGGGUGGCAGGCGGCGUGCUGGGCAGGACCGCGCCGCCGAGCCCGACCCACCGCGCUAUAAAAGCAGCCGCGGGAAGCGGCGAGAGCGCACGGAGGGAGAGCGCGGCGCGGCGCGGCGCCGGGUGCGGCCAUGACCUCCGUGCUGGGGACCGGCAGAGCGGCCGGAGGGCCCAGCGGCCAGCUGAAAUGCAAGUCCAAAAGAAGGCGGAGGAGGAGAUCGAAGAGGAAAGAAAAAGUAAGCAUACUGUCAACGUUUAUAGCACCCUUCAAGUAUUUGAGUCCUGGCGCAACCAGUAUGGAGGAUGAAGACAGUUUAAGUACCAGCAGCGCAGAAGUAAAGGAAAAUCGAAACAUUGGCAACCUGGAGGAUCAUCCAGUAUCCUCUAGUGAGAGAGCAAGAGGAGGAACAUCCAGCAGUAAGAGAAAAAGACCCUUAGAGGAAGGCAACAAUGGCCAUUUCUGUAAACUCCAACUCAUCUGGAAGAAAGUCUCAUGGUCAGUGACACCAAAGAAUGCUCUGGUUCAGCUACAUGAACUUAAACCAGGUUUACAAUAUAAAAUGGUUUCCCAGACAGGUCCAGUGCAUGCUCCAGUCUUUGCUGUCGCUGUAGAAGUAAAUGGACUUACGUUUGAAGGUACAGGACCCACAAAAAAGAAAGCCAAAAUGCGUGCUGCAGAGCUAGCUCUGAAGUCUUUUGUUCAGUUCCCAAAUGCAUGCCAAGCUCACUUUGCCAUGGGGAACUGCAUCAACCCAUCCACGGACUUUACUUCUGAUCAGGCAGACUUUCCAGAUACUCUGUUCAAGGAGUUUGAACCAUCUACACACAGCGAGGACUUCUCAGUCUAUAACCCAGUUAAUAAUGAAUUGCUUUCCACUGCUUAUCGACAUGGGAGGUUACUCUGCCAUACAUUGGACUUAAUGGGCCACAGUAAGCAAAACAAGCACAAGAUGGCAUCCAAAGCGGAGAGCGAGAAGAACCCAGUGGUGCUGCUAAAUGAGCUGCGAUCGGGACUGCGGUACGUCUGCCUGUCGGAGACCGUGGAGAAGCAGCACAUCAAGAGCUUUGUGAUGGCAGUGCGAGUGGACGGGAGAACAUUUGAAGGCUCAGGACGUAGCAAGAAGCUGGCAAAAGGCCAAGCAGCGCAAGCUGCUCUGCAGACCCUCUUUAACAUUCGGCUGCCCAGCCACAUUCCCAGCAGGAGUAAAUGUAACCAUUUGCCACAGGAUUUUGCCGACUCCAUAUACCAAAUGGUUACACAGAAGUUCCAGGAGUUGACAGACAAUUUUACUUCCAUGCAUGCACGCCACAAAACUCUUGCUGGAAUUGUGAUGACCAAAGGUUUGGACAUCAGGCAAGCUCAGGUUAUUGUGCUGUCAUCGGGUACCAAAUGUAUAAAUGGAGAAUACAUUAAUGACCAAGGGCUUGCGGUCAAUGACUGCCACGCAGAAAUUGUGGCAAGACGGGCAUUUGUUCACUUCCUUUACUCACAGCUGGAGCUCCACUUAAGCAAACGGCGAGAAGACUGGGAGCGAUCAAUCUUUGUGCGAUUAAAAGAGGGAGGCUACAGGCUGCGCGAGAACAUCCUGUUCCAUCUGUAUGUGAGCACUUCACCCUGCGGAGACGCACGCCUCAACUCCCCCUAUGAAAUCACAACCGACUUGAACAGCAGCAAGCACAUCGUAAGAAAAUACCGUGGACACCUUCGAACAAAGAUUGAGUCUGGAGAAGGAACCAUACCAGUCCGGUGUCACAACGCAGUUCAGACAUGGGACGGCGUGUUGUUGGGAGAACAGCUCAUCACCAUGUCCUGCACAGACAAAAUUGCCAGAUGGAACAUCCUGGGGCUUCAAGGUGCUCUCCUCAGCUACUUCAUUGAGCCCACGUACUUGCACAGCGUCAUUGUGGGAAGCCUCUGUCACACUGGUCACCUUUCCAGGGUAAUGAGCCAUAGGAUAGAAGACAUUGGUCAGCUGCCAGCUUCAUAUCGGCGUAAUCAGCUGCUUCUCAGUGGGGUCAGUCACGCCGAGGCUCGGCAGCCCGGAAAAUCACCCGGCUUCAGCGUGAACUGGAUCGCAGGGACCGCCGACCUGGAGGUGAUCAACGCCACGAUGGGAAAGCGGAACUGCGGGAGCCCCUCGCGGCUCUGCAAGCGCAUGCUUUUCGCUCGAUGGGCAAAGCUUUACGGGAAGCUGAGCACACGAAUACCAAGCCAUGGAGACAUGCCAUCAGUGUACAGCGAGGCAAAGCUGGUGGCUCAGACGUACCAGUCUGUCAAGCAGCAGCUGUUUAAAGCAUUUCAGAAAGCAGGUCUGGGCACCUGGGUGAAGAAACCCCCAGAGCAAGAUCAGUUUCUACUAACUGUAUAAAUCACUUGACACCUUUGCUACAUGACCGGAUCAAAUCAGCUGGUGAGAAGGCGAGGCAGCACAUGUGAGCCGAGGGAUCCGAAGCAGUUCAACAUGUAAUAGCAACUUCCAUGGGAAUAUUUUCUUUUAAUUCUGUACUGGAAAUACAUAAAUAUAAAUGUGUCUGAUUAAUGCACUGAACUCGACUUUAGGAAACUGCUUUUUCAUGAUCCUUCCAAGAACAUACCUGCCCAAAUUAUAACACCACCCCCAGCAAAGAUUCUGCUUUUCGCUGCUUAUUGCAAUUGGUAUUGCGGUUUAUACAAGCAGCAUCUCGAUUUCAGAUGCUGGCAGGCCACCUGUCUGUUUAAAAACAAACAGAGUUUGUUUUCCCUCACACAGUCAGUGCAAGAAUCAUCACUGAAUAAUGGAAAAUAGUAAGCAAACAUUGCAGUACCCCAGGCACAUGGCAUGACAGCAGGUCACAGAGCAUCCAUAAUCAUCCACAAAAAGAUGUCUAUCCUCUAUGCAAAAAUCAUCCUCUUUUUUGCCUAAAUCUGUGAGGGAGAAUCUGGGCCUCAAAGAUUUGCACCAUUUCCAAACUCCAUUUUCCACUUUUGGAUCUGAGCACAACGCUGGGCAUCAGGAGUCCCUUGGUUUUUACACUUACGCCUCCGACACCUUGCUUCCCACCAAAUCUUCAGUUACGGCCAUGAGUUUUGCAUUCUGCAGCCCUUAAUUAUCCAGACCCAAUUUGUAACCCUAACCCUUAGCCACCAGCCAGGCACGGGGCCGCCCAGGCCUCCCUCGGACGUGGCUGCGGAGGCAGGUGCCCUUCAUGGGGCGACUCGAGCCCAAGGGCCUGCGGUGGUGCGCGCCUCCGUCCAGGCUGGAAAAGGAGGCUGGCAUGGCCAUACUCCCAACGCUGGAGUUUCCGGUAGCUGUCCGAAAUCAGACAGGCUGAAGCUGGGACCCAGAGCCCAAUAUUUCAAUGCUCAUGAGGAUCCACAGUUUUAGAUUAAGCUGAUACAAAUUGAGGAUGCUCGGCAGACCUGAAAACUCAGUGGGUUGGGUAGCCACAGCUGAGACAUCCCAAACCAGAGGGCACAUCUGAUGCUCGGCUCUUUUGUGCCUCAGUUUCUCCAUCUGUCAAAUGGGGAUAAUACUACUUACCUGCUUCUCAUCUAAGGAACGUGUCAGGAGUAGAGUGCUCUGGUCACACAGCCACGUAAGCCAGAUCCUGUCACUCUUACUGCACGUUUUACCUCUGCACAUUGCCCCAAGGACAUGAUUACAACAGAUGGCACCACGGUCUUGGGUAAGGUUUUACUCAAUAAAAGAGUUUUCAGAUUCUAGCUCUGUAUAAAUGCUAAGUAUUACUAUUAUUCAUAUUCAGCUGCACUCUGAAAAGCAGGUAGGGUUUUUCAGUUAGAAGAAGAGUGAUGCCUAACGGUUAGACAUCUUCUUCAUAACUAUGACUUCAAACAAUCUCGAACUUCGUCAGAGAGCAGAAAAUACAGUCAUGGGAGAACGAAGCUUUCACAGUCCAACUGCAGAACCAACCUUCAAACACUGUAUAUUUCUUUGGGGUUUUGGUUUUUUAAAUGACAGGAUUUGCGGGUAUAUAACUACUGUUUUCUUUUUAUUCCUGUGAUUCUCUUUAAAUCUGUAUAUAACACGCUGCUACUGAUUUGUGAUAAUUGUCUUGGUAUUUUCUCAGAACUGUCAAGCUGAGUUACUUUUCAAACAACACAAGGCUCAUAUUUUUUCCAUGUAAUUUCCUUUACACGGGAAACUGUUCCUAUCAAUAAAGAUAGAUGCUCUUUGUAUAGGGUUUAUCAUGUUUGGAGAGCCAUAUACAGUAAAUACAUUGUUUAUUGAUGCCCACAAUAGAAUAGCUACAGUAUUUUGAUGAGAUUUUAUUUUUAGAUUAUAAAUUACAAGAUGUAUCUAUAGUGUCUUGUAUAAAAACAAUUGUGAUAAACUAGAAUUUUUAAAUUAGAUAAAGCAAAGCUCUCCCCUUCCAGAAACCUUUUCAACAAAAUAAUACAUUCCAUAUUAACUACCAAAAAUAUUAAAAAAAAUCCUUAGAGUAGAAAUAGUAACAAAAACAAGAAUCUGAGGUGUCUGAAUAAUGCAAGGAUUCUGUGAUAACCACUUUGUCCAUAUGACCUCUUCUGAGUAACAGUCGGAGUAUCUUUGCCAUUUUCUGGAGCCUCCCAUUACCCUCACACGGCCCCUUCCCUUAAAACCCUGGUGCAUGGUGGGGGCCAUGCAGGGCCCCGCGAGGCCACAGUGGGCACCAGGCCGGGGCAGCGGGGACGUGGCAUGAGGAAGGGGUGCCGCAGGGCACCAGAGCGGCAUAGGAGGGCACGUGGCCCGCUGAUGCCAUCUCUGUGUCCCAGAGGGUUUGAGGAAAAAUGUGGCCCCUGAGAAAAAAACCUGAGCAGAAAAUGGUCCGGGGCAGUGCACCUCCUGCCCAGCCCAUCCUUGGGCCAUCUGCGAGGCCUGUAAGCCCUGGUGAUGACCACCUUGUGGGAAUGGAGGGACUGGGACACCGCAAGGAGGCAGAAACCGUGUCUUCUGCCUUCCCUCCCUAAACUAGUCUUUAUCUAGCACGUGAGAAACCUCCAGGCUCCUUCUUCCAUCUCCCCUCUCUCCUUCAGCCUGGCAUGGCUCCAGCUCCACAAACGCUAACACUCCCCCAGCCAGUGCUGCAGCGAAUGGGACAACAAAAGGCAGCAGCUGGUUAUUUCUAAGGACAAAAAGAAAAGCGUGGUGGGAUUGAAUUAUCCUUUGUUGCAAGAAAUACGUAAAUGCAAUCCUGGAUUUGACUGCCAGAAUUAAUCUAGCAGCAGGGACCUAACUGGGUCCCUGCUGUCAGUGGGCAUCCGAUGUUGCACCUGCUUGCACUGGGGUUGAAUAUGACCUUAGAUGUCUACUUUUUCUCAUUAUGUGCAGUGAUAGAGAGUGAUGGGACCAUGUCCCAGAAGCACAUACAAAUAACAUUCAGCAUUUCCUGAAGCAAAGGAAAACUUACUCAAUAGUAAUUCUUAAGUGAAGAUUAUGUACAUAACACGCAUGAGUGAAUGGCAAUACUGUACUAAUGGAUGUACAUUUGUAAUAUUUGUAAAAAAAAGAAAUAAAAAAGACAACAAAAGAAAAUAAAUCUGAAUUUACAUAUGUGAAUUUGCUGCUAAGUUCUGUAAAUUGCACUUCAGUGAUAUCUGAUAAGUGAAUGUUUCUGUUAAGUGAAUAAAAUACCAAGUAAAAUUGUUCUUUCAUUGUU